UACUUAUGAAACUGUACGAUGAUCUGAGGCGAAUGAAGUCGAUUCCAAAAGUCGAGUUUUUUCAGCGAAAAGUCGAUUUUCGACUUAAGUCAGAGUAGACUUUUCCCCAUUACUAAUCGAAACGUAAACAAAAAAUUGUUGACCAAAAUUGAAGAACAUCGAAUUCAAUGCUUGGAUUUUUAAGAACCUUGAAAAAAACUUUAUAAUCUGGAAAUGGAAGAGGAAUUUCUACUGCUCUUGAUCGCCAAGUGGCAUGAUGCCUUCAAUAGCAAUCGCAUGAAACGCCUCCGCGACCACACAGACCCAUUUGACUUGCCACAAGAUUUCACCAAACAGUUUCUCCUACCGAAAUCGAUGUGUCGCUCAUUAAUUGAAGAUUUGCUGCCGUUCGACGAUCAGGGUACUACUCUGCCACUUGCUUUGAGGUUUUUAGCUGCGCUCAAUUUUUAUGCUACCGGAAUUUUUCAAAAUCGUAUGGCGGGUAAUGUGUUGGACAUUAGUCAGCCAACUGUGUCGCGUGCCUUAUCGAGUAUAACAGAACUAUUAGUUAAGCACAAAGGUGACGAAAUAAGCUUCCCCAACAACGAAGAGCAACAACUAGUGGUGAAGAAGGGAUUCAAAGAGAAAUGUGGCUUAGAUAACAUCGUGGGCACCAUUGGAACAGCGCAUAUUAAUAUAUUAAUGCCAACCGAAAAAAAUGGUGCAUCAGUGUAUGUAAAUGAACUUGGUGAAUGCACCAUUAAAGUUGAAGGAAUCUGUGAUUAUCGCUUAUUGUUCACCUCAUUAAAUGCCAGAGGCCCUGGUUCGGUAUCUACAUCAACUAUUUGGCGGAAUUCGCCGACACGUCAAUUUUUGAUGUCCCAUAACAACGAAUAUUCAACCAAUGCUCUAUUAAUCGGAGAUAUUAAAUAUCCACUAGAGCCGUGGCUGCUCACUCCUGUAGUGAGAGCUAAGAAUCGCAAGGAUAUUGUAUAUAAUGAGAAGCAUAGAAGUGCUCAUAAUUCAAUAAAGCUUGCCUUCGGUCUGUUAAGGACUCGAUUCAAAUGUCUAUCGAAGAAGCGCAAGCUAUAUUAUGCACACGAGCGCGCGGCUAAUAUUAUAUAUGCAUGUGCCAUAUUGCAUAAUAUGCUCUUGAAGAAUGGUGGUGGCACGGAGGUGGACAAAAUUGAGCUCGAUACAUUAGUAGAAGAAACAACGGCGAAUGUGAAGGAUAGAGCGGCAAUGAAGAAUGAACCCAAAUUCGUAGAUGGCACACAUGUUAGAAAUCGUAUUAUUCGGACCUAGAUAUAAUGGAAAAAUCUCUUAGGCUGUUUCCAAAAAUUCGAAAACCUCGAAAGUUCUUAAAAAUUAAAAAUUAGUAGGCCGUAUGCAUAAAACCU